CGGAUUAAAGGUGCAGACCGUCCAUCCUCGCCGAGCACUGCUUGAACAGUUGGACCUCAUGACAGAGUAAAGAGACGCGGUUGAAGAGAAGCGACAGAGACGAGGCUUUUCCCCCCUCAGCAGCUGUUUGUUUUGAGGACCGAAGUGUCGUCGAGCAGAACUUCGCUUCUGCAAACACGGACACAGAAAGACGAAUCGAGCUCACCUACAGUGCCUGCAGCUGAAAACCAGCUACCAUGACAGACGCAGACAAGUACCUGUAUGGGGACCGCAGUGGGAUAAACAACCCUCUGGCCCAGGCCGACUGGGCCACCAAGAAGCUGGUGUGGGUCCCCUCUGAGAAGCUGGGCUUCGAGUCCGGCUCCAUCAAGGAGGAGCUUGGAGAGGAGUGUGUGGUGGAGCUGACGGACUCUGGCAAGAAGGUGAAGGUCAAUAAGGAUGACAUUCAGAAGAUGAACCCACCCAAGUUUAACAAGGUGGAGGACAUGGCAGAGCUCACGUGCCUGAACGAGGCGUCCGUGCUGCACAACCUCAAGGACAGAUACUACUCUGGACUCAUCUAUACGUACUCUGGUCUGUUCUGUGUGGUGGUCAACCCAUACAAGUACCUGCCCAUCUACACUGAGGACAUAGUGAACAUGUACAAGGGCAAGAAGAGACAUGAGAUGCCACCUCACAUCUACGCCAUCACAGACACGGCCUACAGGAGCAUGAUGCAGGAUCGCGAGGACCAGUCCAUCCUCUGCACUGGGGAAUCAGGAGCAGGGAAAACAGAAAAUACCAAGAAGGUCAUUCAAUAUCUUGCCCAUGUUGCCUCAUCUUUCAAAUCCAAGAAAGAUCAGGGCACCACGGUUUUAUCACAUGGGGAGCUGGAGAAACAGCUGCUGCAAGCAAACCCCAUCCUGGAGGCCUUCGGCAAUGCAAAGACUGUCAAGAAUGACAACUCAUCAAGAUUUGGAAAAUUUAUUAGGAUCAACUUUGACGUCAAUGGAUACAUCGUUGGAGCCAACAUUGAAACUUAUCUGCUGGAGAAGUCUCGGGCCAUUCGACAAGCUAAAGAGGAGAGGUCCUUCCACAUCUUCUACUACAUGCUGACUGGUGCAGGGGACAAACUACGCUCGGAGCUGUGUCUGGAGGAUUACAGCAAGUACCGUUUCCUGUCCAGUGGAAAUGUGACGAUUCCUGGCCAGCAGGACAAGGACCUGUUCACAGAGACUAUGGACGCCUUUCAAAUCAUGAGCAUCCCAGAGGAGGAAAGAAUUGGUCUGUUGAAGGUCGUGUCAGCCGUGCUUCAGCUGGGGAACAUGAGUUUCAAGAAGGAGCGCAACUCUGACCAGGCCUCCAUGCCUGACGACACUGCUGCUCAGAAAGUGUGUCACCUGCUGGGCAUCAAUGUGACCGACUUCACACGAGCCAUCCUGUCACCCAGAAUUAAGGUUGGCAGAGACUAUGUCCAGAAGGCUCAGACCCAGGAGCAGGCAGAGUUUGCUGUCGAGGCUCUGGCCAAAGCCUCUUAUGAGAGGAUGUUCCGCUGGCUGGUGUUGAGGAUCAAUAAGGCCCUUGACAAGACAAAGAGACAGGGAGCCUCCUUUAUUGGCAUCCUUGAUAUCGCUGGAUUUGAGAUCUUUGAGUUGAACUCAUUUGAGCAGCUGUGUAUCAACUACACCAAUGAGAAGCUGCAGCAGCUCUUCAACCACACCAUGUUCAUCCUGGAGCAGGAGGAAUACCAGAGGGAGGGCAUCGAGUGGAGCUUCAUUGACUUCGGCCUCGACCUGCAGCCCUGCAUCGACCUCAUUGAAAAACCUGCCGGUCCUCCAGGCAUCCUGGCUCUGCUGGAUGAAGAAUGCUGGUUCCCCAAAGCCACAGACAAGAGCUUUGUGGAGAAGGUGGUUCAGGAGCAGGGAACACACCCCAAGUUCCUGAAACCCAAGAAACUCAAGGAUGACGCUGAUUUCUGCGUUAUCCACUAUGCUGGAAAGGUGGACUACAAAGCAGACGAGUGGCUGCUGAAAAACAUGGAUCCUUUGAAUGAGUGCGUGGCCACUUUGCUCAACCAGUCUACUGACAAGUUUACAGCUGACCUAUGGAGAGACAUGGAUCGUAUUGUCGGCCUGGAUAAGGUGGCAGGGAUGUCGGACUCCAUGCAUGGUGCGUUUAAAACCCGUAAGGGGAUGUUCCGCACUGUGGGUCAGCUGUACAAAGAGCAAUUGAGUAACCUCAUGGCCACGCUCAGGAACACCAACCCUAACUUUGUCCGCUGCAUCAUCCCCAACCACGAGAAGAAGGCAGGUAAACUGGAGCCUCAUCUAGUCCUGGACCAGCUGAGAUGUAAUGGAGUCCUAGAGGGCAUUCGCAUCUGCAGACAGGGCUUCCCCAACCGCAUCGUCUUCCAGGAGUUCAGACAGAGGUAUGAAAUCCUCACUCCUAAUGCCAUCCCAAAGGGCUUCAUGGAUGGAAAGCAAGCCUGUGUGCUGAUGAUCAAGGCCCUGGAGUUGGAUUCCAACCUGUACCGUAUCGGCCAAAGUAAAGUGUUCUUCAGAGCCGGAGUCCUGGCCCACCUGGAGGAGGAGAGAGACAUGAAGAUCACUGAUGUGAUCAUCAGCUUCCAGGCCUGGUGCAGAGGAUAUGUGGCCCGCAAAGCCUUUGCUAAGAGACAGCAGCAGCUGACAGCCAUGAAAGUUAUCCAGAGGAACUGUGCUGCUUACCUGAAACUCAGGAACUGGCAGUGGUGGAGGCUUUUCACUAAGGUGAAGCCUCUGCUGCAAGUGACUAGACAGGAGGAGGAGAUGCUGGCCAAAGAAGAGGAGCUGGUCAAGGUGAAGGAGAGACAACUGCAGGCUGAGGAGCAGAUCAAAGAGUAUGAGAUGAAGCAGCAGCAGCUGAAUUCUGAGAAGUUAGCUCUUCAAGAGCAGCUGCAGGCAGAGACGGAGCUGUGUGCGGAGGCUGAGGAGAUGAGAUCCCGUCUGGCCACCAGGAAGCAGGAGCUGGAGGACAUCCUGCACGACCUGGAGUCUCGCCUGGAAGAAGAGGAGGAGAGGGUCACCCAAAUGCAUACAGAGAGAAAAAAGAUGCAGCAGAACAUCACGGACCUGGAGCAGCAGCUGGAUGAGGAGGAAGCAGCCAGACAGAAGCUUCAGAUGGAGAAGGUGACCACCGAUGCCAAGCUGAAGAAGCUAGAGGAGGACGUCAUGGUGCUGGACGACCAGAACAACAAGCUCGUCAAGGAGAAGAAACAGAUGGAGGAGAGGAUCUCAGAGUUCACCACCAACUUGGCUGAGGAGGAAGAGAAGUCCAAAAGUUUGCAGAAACUCAAGAAUAAACAUGAAGCCAUGAUCACAGAUUUGGAAGACCGUCUAAGAAAAGAGGAGAAAAUGCGUCAGGAGUUGGAGAAGAACCGUCGUAAACUUGAGGGAGACUCCACUGAGCUCCAUGACCAGAUUGCAGACCUGCAGGCCCAAAUUGCUGAACUCCGAGCUCAGCUGGCUAAGAAGGAGGAGGAACUCCACGCUGCACUGGCUAGAAUUGAGGAGGAAGCCGCAGCCAAGAAUGCAGCCCAGAAGAAGAUCAGGGAGCUGGAGGCUCAGAUCUCUGAACUGCAGGAGGAUCUGGAGCUGGAGAGGCAGGCUCGCUCAAAGGCUGAGAAACACCGCAGGGACCUGGGAGAAGAACUGGAGGCCCUCAAGACUGAGCUGGAGGACACUUUGGACUCCACUGCAGCACAACAAGAGCUGAGGACGAAGCGUGAGACAGAGGUCACUCAACUGAAAAAGACUCUGGAGGAGGAGGCCAAGAUCCAUGAGCAGCAAAUGGCGGACAUGAGACAAAAACACAACCAGGCAUUUGAUGAGCUCAAUGAACAGCUGGAACAGGCCAAAAGGAACAAGGUGUCAGUGGAGAAAUCCAAGCAGGCCCUGGAGAGCGAGUUGAACGAGCUGCAGAUCGAAUUGAAGACCCUGACACAAGGCAAAGGGGAUUCUGAACACCGUCGCAAGAAGGCUGAAACCCAGGUUCAAGAGCUACAGGUCAAAUAUGGAGAAAGUGAACGACAGAGGCAAGAGGUGGUCGAGAAGAUGGCCCAGAUGCAGUCGGAGCUAGAAAAUGUCAACAGCGUGCUGAGUCAAGCAGAGGUGAAGAACAUCAAAUGCAGCAAAGACCUUUCUUCUGCAGAGUCUCAGCUGCAGGAUACGCAGGAGUUGCUCCAAGAGGAGACUCGUCAGAAGCUUUCGCUCUCCACCCGCCUGAGACAGAUGGAGGAUGAGCAAAACAGCCUGCGGGAGUUGCUGGAGGAAGAGGAGGAGGGCAAGAAAAACGUGGAGAAGCAGGUCUCCACCCUACAGGCCCAGCUGGCAGAAAUGAAGAAGAAGCUGGAACAAGAGGCCUUUUCCCUGGAGGGAGCAGAGGAGGGCCGCAAACGAAUUCAGAGGGAGUUGGACAGCAUGACACAGCAACUGGAGGAAAAGACCUCGGCCUAUGACAAGUUGGACAAGACAAAAACUCGUUUACAGCAGGAGCUGGAUGACCUCAUCGUGGACCAGGACCACCUGAGGCAGAUUGUCUCCAACCUUGAGAGGAAGCAGAAGAAAUUUGACCAGAUGUUGGCUGAGGAGAAAACAAUCUCCACUCAGUGUGCAGAGGAGCGCGACAAGGCUGAGGCUGAGGCCAGGGAGAAGGAAACACGAGCACUGACACUGGCCCGUGAGUUGGAGACCAUGACAGACCUGAAAGACGAGCUGGACCGGGCCAAUAAGCUGCUCAAAGCUGAGAUGGAAGACUUGGUCUCCUCCAAGGAUGAUGCUGGCAAGAGUGUUCAUGAGCUGGAGAGGUCAAAACGUGCCAUGGAGCAGCAGCUAGAGGAGAUGAGAACUCAGCUGGAAGAGCUGGAGGAUGAGCUGCAGGCCACAGAAGAUGCCAAAUUGCGUCUGGAGGUCAACAUGCAGGCCAUGAAGGCCCAAUUCGAUCGAGACCUACAGGCCAGAGAUGAGCAGGGAGAGGAGAGGAGGAAACAGCUGGUUAAACAGGUGCGAGAGAUGGAGGUUGAACUGGAAGAUGAACGCAGACAGCGCACUCUGGCCCUCUCAUCCAAGAAGAAACUGGAGAUGGACCUGGGAGAGCUUGAACUCCAGAUUGAUGCUGCCAACAAGGGUCGUGACGAGGCUCUCAAACAGCUGAAAAAACUCCAGGGCCAAAUGAAAGAGCUGAUGAGAGAGCUUGAUGAACUGCGUUUGUCCAGAGACGAAGCUGUCAGUGGGGCCAGAGAGACUGAGAAGAAGCUGAAGGCCAUGGAGGCAGAUGCCCUGCACUUCCAGGAGGAUCUGGCCACGGCAGAGAGACUCAAGAGACAAGUUCAGACUGAGAGGGAUGAGCUCCAGGAUGAGAUUACCAGCAGCAACACCAAAAAUUCUGUUCUGGCAGAUGAGAAGAGGAGGCUGGAGGCCCGAAUCACUCAGCUGGAGGAGGAGCUGGAAGAAGAGCAGCUCAACACCGAAAUGGUCAACGAUCGUCUGAAGAGAACCACACUGCAGACUGAGCAGCUGACCACAGAGCUGGGUGCAGAGCGCAGCUCCGCCCAGCGACUGGAGGGAGCCCGUUCCCAACUUGAUCGCCAGAACAAGGAGCUGAAACUCAAGCUGCAGGAGCUUGAGGGGACCGUCAAGUCCAAGUAUAAGUCCUCCAUCACCACACUGGAGGCCAAGAUCGCUCAGCUGGAAGAACAGCUAGAUGUAGAGUCAAAGGAGCGUCAGCAGGCCUCCAGGCUGGCCAGGAGGACAGAGAAGAAGCUCAAAGAGGUGUUGCUGCAGGUUGAUGACGAGAGACGCAACACGGAGCAAUACAAAGACCAGCUGGAGAAGACCAACAGCCGAAUGCGUCAGCUGAAACGCCAGCUAGAAGAGGCAGAAGAGGAGGUGACGCGAUCCAACGCCUACCGUAGGAAGCUGCAGAGGGAGCUGGAUGAUGCCGCAGAGUCAGCAGAUGCUAUGAACCGUGAAGUCAGCAGUCUGAAGAGCAAGCUCAGACGUGACUUGCCUUUCAACAUGCGGCGUACGAUGAAUCGCUCGGGCCUGGACAGCGAUGAGGACGUGGAUGUGCAGACUGAAGCAUCUGAGCCCGCAGCUGAGUAAACGGAGGAGAACCAAAAGGGAAACAUUAGAAAUAUCACAGUCAGCAUGCAGAUGUAGUAAAACAUCAAAGCUAUUAAAUAAUACUUUUUUUUCUGCGAGGAUUUAGCCUUUAUUGCCCUUUGACACUCAUCUUAUAGCCUUAUUCUCUUUUCCUUAUAAUGGCCAAAUAACUGUAUUCAUCUCAAUGAAUGUGAGUGGUGUUUUUCUACAAAGGCUUUACACAUACUUUUUUUGGUCUAUUUUUCUACACAGUGGGUAUAUCAUAAAACAUUACUCUUGUACUCUUGUAACUAAACAUUUCGGUGUCAUUUUAUUUGUGCAUAAGGCUUAUGUGCUGUUAACAUUUGGGGGACAAACACUGGUCUUUUUAUGCUUGUUUUGCACACUUAAAAGUGUGUGUGUGUGUGUGUUUUGGGAGUUUUGUUGCAGUUCCAAAUUGUGCUUCAUAUCUGCUAGUGUCAGAGUAAGUCACUGUAUCUGUACUGUACUCUCUUCCUCUCACUGUGUUAUCCUUUCAGGUUAUUUACCUCAACUGGUUUUUGCACAAUGCCAACACAAAUUAAACGGAAACAAGAGUGGAAACUGCUCACUUCGUCAGAGUGGUGUAGUUGAACAACAGCAGUGUUUGUGAAAAUGUUGAUACCGAUUUUGUAUCAUUGUCUGUUACAGUUUGGUUGAUGUCUCAUUUCUGUCUUGUUUUACACUUGGAUUAGUGGUGGUGGGUCUCACUGUGUUUUGUGCGAUGCUUUGCACAGCAGAUGGGGUUUCUCUUGGCACAUUAGCCUCUGAAUGUUUCACUAGAGUUAAAUCUUGCAUAUUUUAGAUUGAGAUUGCACCCUUACACUGUAUUAUCGAACUAAUUACAUAUCAUAUGAUGCCAAUAUCUGAAGGCUUUCUUAUAUUUUAUCAAAUGCCUUAAUGCAAUAAAUUGACAAACUGUC